AUGCGAGUUUUGCUGACUACUAUACCAUUUGCUCUCGUUACUCCUAUCUUAGCCUUCCCGGCAGUAGGAGGGUCCAAGUCAAGUGAAUCGUCUGGAUGUCCCUACGCUGCGAAUGCGGCCAAGUUUAAGCGCCAAUCGAAUGCUACGCCAUUGGCCACCUUUGAUCCGGUCAAGCAAAAGGUUGAUGUGACCGGCGAGCAUGCGUUUCAGCCCCCUCGUGCGGGCGAUAAGAGGGGGCCGUGUCCGGGGCUUAAUGCUCUCGCGAAUCAUGGGUAUCUUCCUCACAACGGAGUGGCAAUUGAAGCUACCAAUAAAGUGUUUGGGAUGGGAACUGACCUAGGGACAGUCUUGUCCGUUUAUUCCAGCAAGUACUAUUUCGCCAAAUUCAGCCAGCUUUAUACUCAACUCUAUCCCAUAGCUGUAUACGAUGGUAACCCACUUACACUUGAUUGGUCAGUUGGCGGAUCUCCGGGAGGGCUAGUUCUGCCCCCGUUGCUGUCUGCUCCUCAAGGUUUAAGUGGCUCCCACAACAAGUAUGAAGGCGAUGCCUCGGCUACACGAGCGGACGCGUACAUGAACAAUGGGGACGCCAGUUCUUUGAACCUCACGUACUUUAAACAGCUCUAUGAUUUACAACCCGAGGGCCCUAAUGCCAACUUUGACUACGAUAUUAUUAUUCAACAUCGGGCUAGUCGGCGCCAGAAUUCAGUUUCAACGAAUCCACACUUUUUCAACGGGCCGUUCAGCGGAUUCAUCGCCCUUCCCGCCGCAUAUGCGUUUAUAACCCGAUUUAUGUCUAAUUAUUCGGCAGAAUACCCGGAAGGCAUUCUGAAUCACGAUGUCCUCAAAUCGUUCUACGGAGUAUCUGGCAGCGCAAGUAACCUUACUUACCAAAGGGGUUAUGAACGGAUCCCAGACAAUUGGUAUAAACGUGCCAUUGACUACAGCAUCCCGCUGUAUACUGUUGAUCUUUUAUACGCGGGCCUCAAGCACCCGGAGUUUCUUUCAAUAGGUGGUAACACUGGCAAAGUGAACAGUUUUGCGGGUGUCAACGUCGGUGAUAUCACUGGCGGUGUUUACAAUUCGGUAAACUUGCUCGACGGAAAUAAUCUCAUGUGCUUCGCAUUCCAAGCGGCCCAACAGGCCAUGCCCGACGUUCUCAAAGGAAUCCUAGGAAACCUAACCACUGCGCUUGGUCUAUGGAAUGCCAAGAUCACGCCAAUUUUAUCGGGAUUGGGAUGUCCUGAGCUGACCAAGUAUGAUGGGUCCGUAUUGGGUGCUUACCCCGGUUCUGGUGGUGGUGCCCUUUGA